UAUACAUACUAAGCAUAAUAUAAAUGUUAUUGUUUUUGUACAUAAUAUAAAUACAUAAUUAUACCAGAGUUUCUGCUAUGAAAUUUUGGUUCCAGCCAGCAAUUCUGGGAAUGAUAAUGUUUACUGGACAAAUUGGGAAAAAAUCUGAUCAUCUCAUUUCUGUUUUUUUUUGUUUUGUUUUGUUUUUUUCUUUUCUUCUUUUUUUUUGGCACUAAUGUUUUGGACUCUGCAUUAUGUAUGCGAUUGUGGUGGCAGGGGUGGGGUUGAUCGUCACCUGUGGACUGAGAGGAGGCGGGUCCAAUCACAGGUAACCCAUGAUUGGAGACGGGUCUCUGUAGCUCAGAGUAAUGGUCGUGUUGAAAGGCUAUUUCAAUUGGCCGAGAGCCCUGUCGGUUACACAUGCAAGUAAAGUUGUAAGUUACAUUUUUUUUUAUUAAUUACCAACAUAUGUACAGAUUUCAUACAAAAAUAUACAUCUCACAACAUAUAAAUUAAGAAAAAAAAUUUACAAAAACGUGGAUGUGAAGUAUAUGAUUGAAGCCAUUGACAAUCACCAGAAGUAACCUAAAGUUUGAUUAAUGAAAAUGUAUUGGUUAAUGUAAAAUAUUAUAUGAUGAGAGUAUGAACAACAAUGCUGUAGUAUUGAGUAGAAUUGUGAGUUUUCCUAUUCGGCAUGAUUAAGUUUAAUGUCAAAAUCCUGAGUAUAGGUUUUUUGAAUGGGUUUUUGGUUAAAUGGCUGGUAUGUGAUUAACAUAAGCUCAAGAUAUUUUCACGUUUUAUUCUUCGGCAUACAUUAAUAAUACCCCACUCGUAAUUUUUUUAAACUUUUACCUGUCUUGAAAAAAAGGCAGUUGCUAACAAGUGGGUAAAUGCGACUACAGACAUUGUCAGGGAUAUUAAACGUUAUCACUGGAAAACUCAUCUACUACUGCCUCAGUAUGUUACUCGUAUAGAAUAUAUUGACAAAGUGUAAUCAAUAUGUCUAACUAAUAUUUGGAUAUGUUAAUAAAGCAUAAUCUAAUAUGUUUAAGCAACAUGAAGAAUUAUUAAUUAGAGGCAUAAUGUAAGACUAUAAAAAACGCUUUUUAAUUAAGUUACAUUCUAAGUGUGUACUGAGCUAGAAGACUUCUAUGUUUUACUGCACAGCAGGCAUAAUCUAAAACUAUAAAAACAAUUUUUAAUCAAGUAGCAUACUAAGUGUGUAGACAUUCACCAGAAGUGUGUUUCCAAUCAAAGCCCCUUAAGCUUCAAUACCAGUGUCAAAAUAACAGAUAAGACUUCUAGGAGGAAGGGUACCAGGCUGGGACUAGAGCCAGAAAAUCAUUAAGGGUAUAAGGUGAAUUAUGGGACAAAAGUAAAAACCCUGUCCCCAUAAAACAUUUAAGAAAAUACAACUGACAAAGCAUGUGCCACAAAUUUAAGGUUCAAUUAUUCAUAUAUAGAUAUGAAUAAUUAAUUAAGGCAAUGGAGGUUGGUUUGUUUCUAGAAAGAAAAGGUGAAUGCCCCACCUAGGGAUAAUUUUACUGCUUCAGAAAAGUAUAUAAACACAUGUUUGUGUAUGUAUAAUUCAGACUUUCUGCAGACUCUCUCACUUUAUAGUUUCAGUAAAGUUGAAUUACUUUUGACAUCUAUUAACCCUCUGACUCUUAAGUUUUUUGUUAGGCUGGAAAGAUUGUUUGCCAUGACACUCACACUCUUGAAAACUAUUCCAACUCAAACUUUACAACUUGCAGAUUUAUCAGUUUAUAGUAUUUUCCAAUUCUAGUGUGUUUUUUUUUUUUUUUCCAAUUGUAGCGCUAUAAAUUCUAUAGGAAACUUAGUGAUGGUGACGUUGACAGCUGAGCAGCAUUCAAAGCCAUUGUAAAUUAGUCUUUAAAUGCACACCUGUGACCUCAUUACAUUAGUAUUACUGCGCCCAAUUAUUUUAAAAUGUCUGAUUAUUUUUGUUAAUUUUGUUUUACUGGGUGGACUAAGUGUGGACGAGUGGCUCAAAGAGAUAGACAGGGAAGAGGAGGAAGAUAAAAAAGAAAGGAACUAUGCUGAAAUUAUUGAAAGAGAAAUUGAAGAGCUGGAAAAGUUAAGAAACGAAGCCGGUUUUGUGACCAUCAUAUUCUGUGACCGUAGUUGGCGCUGUUGUCACUGUGCAGCUUGAACUCGGUUAAACAGAUGAGUUCACUAACAGCAAACAAUGUAAGUUCAGACUGUACGAAAAUGAAGGUGAAGGCUGUGUGGAAAGUUUUUUUGGGUUUUUUUUAAUGCUGGUUAUUCACAUCAUAAAUCUCAUCUGCUUGUCACUUAAGAUUAAACGCGGUGUAGUUGUUCGCAAAGUAGCCAAUUAGUGUUCUUCAAACGCAACAAACAACCAACAACUGACAAGCUGACGUCACACAGACAACUUUAGGCUACUAUAUUUAAAGGGGCCAUCAUGUGACCUCACUGUUAUGUGAAUUCACUGUUACAUGGACUCAGGUGACUUCUUUUAUCUUCCCAUGUAUAACCAAAAGACGGUCACCACUCUGGUCAACAGCUGGACCUGGGCACAAGAGAUCACACAUUUUGAUAGUUGUCAUCACAAUAUGUGACCUCACUGUUACAUUACUGAAAAUUUCUGACACACUUAUUUGGUAUCGAUUCCUUUAAAAAUGUUGAUGAUAAAAUUAUAUAAAUACAAAACCUGGGUUUCUACAUCACUUUCAAGCAGUUUCAGUACUGUUGUAUACUGUUUGUGCCAAAACACCCCUGACAUAUUUCACUGGUCCAUGUCACAUGACUGAACAGCAAGUGUUCAGUUGCACACUGCAAAUGUGCACGUUUUUUGUUGCUGGUGUUUUAUUUUAUUUUAUUUUAUUUUAUUUGGGAUUUUAUUUUAUUUUUACUCAUAUUAGUACAAAAUUUGUAUUUAAUUGUGCUCAUAUUUUCAUUUGUAAUAAAUUUGUUAUUAAUGUGUCAUGUAAUUUGCAUCUGUGUAAUGAUAUUUUUUUUUCUUCUUCUCAAAAUGACCAUUAUUUUAAAAAUCAUAUACCUAUUUAAGAAAUAUGGAGGACCUGAGCACCCACGUGAUUGGUGUGUAUGGUAUCCUAAGGCAUAAUUUGCAAGUGGUAUCUAUUCAUAGUGGAUAAAACCAUGCUUAUGGAACUGAAGAAGUAUCCUCUCGAAGGAGAAUAUCCCAAAAAUACAGCUAAACAUCAUCCUGAAAAGGAGAUCCUCGAAUUUCUGCAUGAUGGUAAGCUAAUCAGUACAGGAAAAAAAAAGUAGCAAGGUAAUUAAGGAAAUAUUCUUCGUGUGUGUGUGUGUGUGUAAAGGACAUUUCUUUUUUUUUUUUGCUAAAAAACUAACUUUAUGUAAUAGAAAAACAUGAAUCAGGUAAUUGUAAUAAAUGUGAUAUUUCCAGAGACUGUUCAGCAUAUGGUUUUAAAUUGUAUGGCAUAUGAAUGAGAGACUCCAGUUCAGAGAAGAAAUAAAAACUCUUGGGAUCAACUUGACAUUACAGAGCCUUUUGAAUAAUUCUUCUGAAGUACAUAAAGUUAUUUUAAAUUAUUUUUUAAAAAUACAUUUGUAUAAUAGAAUAUUAGUUAGUUAAUAUAUUAGUUAAUAUUAAAGUUAGGGUUUUUUUUACCUUUCCACGUCAACGCUUCGCCCAGAAGGUGGUGGAAAUACCCCAAAAGUUGAUUUGCCAACCGCGACAAAACCCAAAACAGAAGAAAGACAUUUUUGUUGCGCUGUUUUUGCAGUUCCGGUCCAGUAGGUGUCAGUACAGUACUCGCAUUGCUCUGUCUUUCAGUUCUACGGGAAACGAAAACUGUCCGGGAAGACAUUGCUGGUUGUGUAGCUAAUAUUCUAGACAGAAAUAUUAACAAACUCGUGUCUCUAUUUUAAGAAAACGAUACGUCAAAGAAAAGGCUUACAUAAGCCUUGCGCCUCUGCUUAAGGUCUGAUUCACUAGCUGGGAUGCCUAAUUUUCCUCGUAAUUUUACAUGUUAUGGGAGGUACUGGAAAUUUCACAGUAAGAAGGAAGACAUAUUUAUCAAACAUCGAAGUGCAAUAAGCCCCCGACAAAAACCUCUACGUGUGUGUGUGUACAUUUGCAGUCAUUUAUAGACAGCGCGACCCUGUUUUGUUGUCUCCUCGAGCUACGGUUUGCUAAAUACUGUUCCGAUGGAAUUUGACUAGCUAAGAAGCUAACGCUAUUACGGCUCGAGUUUCUGCGUUUGCGUCUGUUUUAGCCGAUAGAUAAUGCUGCAAUAAAGUGUAGCUUCCAGUUUUAUGUUGGAAACGUUAAAUACAUGGUAUAUGUGCAUUUAGUCACAUUUUGUUUAUGUAGUACAGUGCUGGCAGGUUACUGGUAGUGAGGCUGCUGGCGCCUGUUUUCGUGAGUUGUCAAAAUAGUGUAAACAAACAAUGAAGCUUUUGGAAAAUUCGAGUUUUGAGGCCAUUAAUACUCAGCUCACCAUAGAGACUGGAGACUGUAAGAUAAUCGGAAGGAUUGAAAGUUACUCCUGCAAAAUGGCAGGUGAGGACAAGCAGAUGUUUAAGCAAUUCUGUCAGGAGGGACUGCCUCAUGUGCUGGAAGCUCUGUCUCCUCCACAGUCAUCUGGAAUCAGCCCUAACAAGCUGAGUCACAGUCAAAGUGGCGAUGAAGGGGAGGGUCCACUUUCUGAUAAGUGCAGCAGGAAGACUCUGUUCUACUUGAUUGCUACUCUCAACGAGUCCUUCAGGCCGGACUAUGACUUCAGCCGCACCCGAGGUCAUGACUUCAGUAGAGAGCCCAGUGUCAACUGGGUGUUCAAUGCCGUGAACAGUAGCUUGUCUGCUGCUGCUGGGGAGGCAUACAAUCGCUUACAGCCGAAGCUCUGGGAGGCCAUUGACAAUGAGAUCAGUCUGACUGAGUGUGAUAUUUACAGCUAUAAUCCAGACCUUGAUUCUGACCCAUAUGGAGAAGAAGGCAACCUGUGGUCCUUCAACUAUUUCUUCUACAAUAAGAGGCUGAAAAGAAUUGUGUUCUUCACAUGCCGCUCUGUUAGUCUUUUUAUGACUCCACGAGAUUCAGGCAUUGGAACUGAGCUGGACCUGGAUCUGGAUGAAGGCAGCUUUGAGGAGGAGGAAAACAUGGAUGAAGAGAGGUAUCGACCAUUAUGUGCCCAGUGAAGAUGUCAUAAAUCCGCUGCCUUGCUCCUGGAGUCUAAUGUCUUUUACCAUUUUAUUUCAAGUGUCUGUUUUUGCUAUCACUAUGAUAGGAUACAUGCUUUUAAUAACAGGAACUUAAUGAGAUCCAUACAUUGGUUUUAAAAAAAUUUUAGCGUUUGUGUUUCUCAGUUGUUGUUAUUAGAUGUUUUUGCUUUUUGUCACUGACUCCUGAGAAAUGUUGGUCACUGAUAUAGGAUCACUUGAUUUUCCUACGUUGUCAAAAUUCCUAUUGACUUUUUUCAUUUAAAAAAUUGCUAUUUACUUUAUAUAAAGUUAAUAGUUGUAUUUUCACAUCAUAGUGUGUUGGAUGAAGCACUUUAUUCUUAUUCUUCCAGUCCUUUUUUAUGACAGCAUUUUUCAGGCUUUACUCAAAUUCAAAUGCUAAUUUGAAAAUGCUUAUGCAUACAUGUAUUUGCAGUUGCAUUUUCUGUCUGUGAAUUAUUCAAAUUCAAGUACAAAACAUAUAUUUAUAAUUGCAUUUACAUGAACAACAAUGCAUAGUGGGU